GGCACGGGCAUGGCGGGCUGGCGGCGGGAGCUCUUGCGCACCGCCCGGCGCUACCCUUGGCCCACGAACGUGCUGCUCUACGCCGCGCUCUUCUCAGCCGGCGACGCGCUGCAGCAGCGGCUGCGGGGCGGCCCUGCCGACUGGCGGCAGACGCGGCACGUGGCCACCGUGGCCGUGGCCUUCCACGCAAACUUCAACUACGUGUGGCUGCGCCUGCUGGAGCGCGCGCUGCCGGGGCGCGCGCCGCGCGCCGUCCUGGCCAAGGUGCUGUGCGACCAGGCGUUCGGCGGGCCGGUGUACGUCUCUGCCUUCUACUUCGGUAUGAGUAUUCUCCAGGAAAAGGAUGACAUAUUUUUGGACCUGAGACAGAAAUUCUGGAAUACAUAUAAGAGUGGUCUGAUGUACUGGCCUUUUGUACAGGUACCAGUCGGCUGUCCCCGGCCCUGGCGGCGGAAGAGAUGGAGCAACGUCACGAGCGCCCGGCCCCUUAAGACGCUGCUGGCUGGAGCCGCCUCCCUCCCUGCAACCCGCAGCGGGGAUGGAGUAAAGGGAGACCCGUCGACCUGCCCGCGGAGAUCAGCGAUGGAGUUAAAGCAAUCUUUGUCCAUCCAUCUGGAAGCUGAGAAGCCUUUGAGGCGCUAUGGGGCGGUGGAGGAGACGGCGUGGAAAGCGGAGGGACUGGGGAGAAAUCAGCUGGACAUCAUCUCCAUGGCAGAGACAACCAUGAGGCCAGAGGAGAUCGAGCUGGAGAUGGUGAAAAUCCAGCGUCUCCGGGAAGUCUUGGUCCGGCGGGAGUCUGAGCUCAGGUUUAUGAUGGAUGACAUCCAGCUCUGCAACGACAUCAUGGACUUGAAGCAGGAGCUGCAGAACUUGGUCGCCAUCCCAGAAAAAGAAAAAACCAAGUUGCAGAAGCAGAGAGAGGACGAGCUAAUCCAGAAGAUCCACAAACUGGUGCAGAAGAGGGACUUCCUGGUGGACGAUGCAGAGGUUGAGCGGCUAAGAUAAACAGCCUCAGCUCUUUCACUGGGUGACGGUGCCAAAGGUGCCAAAGGCUGCUAAGAAGACCGAGGCCUGUGGUCAGCAGGGUCAUCUCCUGGACGGCAGUGCCAGCAGAGCGGGGAAGGACCAUCCCAACAGAGGAGACGACAAGGGAAGGACCUCGACAGAGCAGGUGGGCCGGCCUCUCAGGAGGCCAGGGACACGACAGAAAGACAAGAGCCCUGGGGCUCCAAUCCUGGCUCUGCCUCUUCCUAGCCGAGCAGCCUGGGGCCCGUGCUAUCUCGAGCUGUGGCACAAGCUGGGGCACGAGACACAGGUGCCCUCCCUCCCCUAUUCACAGUCCCACGAAGCCCCAGUACCCUCUGGAGUCGUUCAACUCUGGCCCAGACCGGGGGUGACGUGUAUGUCUGGUGACGGGCAGAGGCUGCCGCUGGAGUUGCUGCACUUUCCAAAGGUGGGCAGCACAGCCCAGGAAGCCCCUGCACGCUCCCCCGUGGGGUCCCCACCCCCAGUGCAGCUGCAGCGCCCCUCAAGACCACCAUCGUUCCCUUGCUUGCUGCUCCCUCAGCCACCUCGGGCUGUGAGCAGGAACCCUGAUAGGAAAAGGGGGUCCUGAAUAAUCCUCACAGGUAUAUUUGUGCCUGAAAAGGUAGAGUCUCUCCCCACUCCCAUCAGUUAACAUCUCAGCAUUAAGGGUUUACUGUUUAAUCAAAGCCACAGAGGAAACCCCGCAAUGACACAGUGCCUCCUACCAGAGGGCUCUUGGGGGUGCUCCUCAAACUGAAUGAGAUCAGCAGACUGGAGGAUGACGGGAUCCGGUCUCAGCUGAGGGGACGGCAGGCACGAAGGGACAGGCGCGCACAAGAGGUCCACAGGGGAGUCGUUGGUCAGGCGGAGGAGCUCCUGCUCCACUGGAUGGGGCCCUGGAGGAGAAGGCAAGCGGGGCUCCACUCAGGACUGCGCGGUCUGUGCCUGAGGCUUGCCGUCUCCUUAAGGUCAGGAAGUACUCAAGAACUCAAGGUUUAUAAAAAAGCCGUUAACAGAAAGGUCUGGGUCACGCUUGGUACAUGAAAUGCCACAGCCAGGAUCUCCCGAUUUGUGUUCUUAGGAACACAAAGGAGGCAAUUAAAAAACGCUGAGAAAUUUAAAAACCCAUAGAAAGUAGUUAAGUGAGCAAAAGCUCCGAAUUAGAAGACUUGGGUCCCAGUUCUGUCACUUCCUCGCUGAGUGCUCUUGGGUAAGCUACUUAACCUCCUGGAAUUUCAGUUCUUCAUUUGUAGGAUGGAGGUUACUACUGCUGAAGGCUGUGCUGACAGCUUGAGAGGAUGAGCUACAUUCAGGUGCUCUGUAAAAAUGUAAAAUGCCACAUAGCUGAUUAUCCUAUAAACACAGAGCACAGUAGCCCUUGUAAUUAUUUAACAACUUGCAGAGUCCUAUGAAGAUAAAAUUCUCAUAUGUAGCAAUGGACUCAAAAUUCAAGCGAGUUGAUUUCUAUCCAGUACACAGAAGAUUCCACAUAAAAUCAGGAUGACUCGAUGUUGUUCUGAGUAAUCCUAAUGCAUUACUAUUAAGUCUUUCCCAGGGAUGUCCUGUGACAAAGACUCUCCCUAACCCAACUUUAGUCAGGAGUCAGGCUCCGCCAAGCCCUCUUCACCACCAGACCUUGACCUUGGCCUUCUGUGUCUCUUGUGUCCUUGCCAUGUCCAGUCUUGACAAGAAUCUUGAGAAGUCAGUUUAGCAAAAAUCCCCCAGGCUUGUGAUAUCUGAUCAGGUUCCUCAUCCCACCCCACCCCCAACCUUUGAUGUCUAAGUCCUUGGCCUGCCUUUAACAAGAAUCCUCUUAGGUCGGCAGGAAUCCCCCUACCUUGAUGUCUCGUCUUGGUAGUUUCCCAGCCACUGACCCCCUUGCUCUGCUCUUUGACUAUAAGCCCCCACUUGUCCUUGUCGCAUUCAGAGCUAAGCUCCAUCUCUCGCUCCAACGGCAGCAGAGUUGACUCCAUUGUGAUCAUCUUCAAGUAUUCUAAUAAGUGUCAGAAUCUUUUUUCCUUUAACAUCUGAAUUGUGCUGGCUUAUUGUCAUUAUGGGGGCCACCGACAUCCUUCAAGAACCUUAACCGGUCAACCAUCAAAUGCAGGCCAGUUUUUUCUCUGUUCUUAACCAAACACCAGACUCCUUUGGAAAAUGCAUGAAUACUUACCUUUAAGGAAUGCAAAUGACCCAGUGUCGUCCUUCCCCCUCAAACCACCCCAACUCUACCCCAAGCCAUUUCCUGAAAAUUUCACCAGCUUUGCUUUAUUUUUCCUCUUACCGUCACCGCCU